AUGUCUGGUGAAUGGGAUAGCAUUAAGUAUUUUGAAUCUGCAGAAUUGAUGAAGGUUCAGGAAUAUGAUAAAAAAGAAAUUGAUGAGUCAUCCAAAACUAAUGACAUCGAAGAAAAAAAGGGAAUUUCUGUUUGGAUUGCAUCCAUCUUCAUUGCUGGUCAGAUGGCCGGAAGUGGGGUUCUCGCAUUGCCUGCUUCUUUGCUCGCUGCUGGAUGGGGUGGAAUUCCUCUUCUAAUAUUUUUGUGCUUAAAUGCACUGUAUGCUGGGAUAUGCCUCGGACGCUGCUGGUCAAUCUUAGAAGAGAGAUAUGAAGAAUACAGAACUAAAUUUCGGUAUCCAUAUCCAGCUAUUGCUUACAGAGCGUAUGGAAGAAAAACAAAGUACUUUGUUUCAUUCUGUAUCCACGUCAAUCUGUUUGGUGUGGUCAUCGUCUUCCUACUUCUCUCAUCCCAGUUGAUUUCAUCUGUCGCGGAGGAGUUGGGAAUUUCGUUCUGCUACUGGAUCCUCAUCCUGUCUGCCCUUAUCUGUCCUCUGAUGUGGUUGGGAACACCAGACGAUUUUUGGCCUGCUGCAGUUCUUGCUUUGGCUACCACUUUUGUUGCUUGCAUUAUGCUGAUUGCAUUGAUUAUAAGGGAUUUAUCAGAAGCGAGACCUGCAGUCUAUCCUCCGACUAGCGUCCCAAACUACUUUCUUGCCUUUGGAACAAUCUAUUUCUCUUUUGGGGGAGCAGCAUCCUUCCCGACGUUCCAGAAUGAUAUGAAAAACCGAGAUGAGUUCUCAAAAGCAGCUACCAUAGGAUUCGUUGUUAUUUUGCUGUUGUAUUUGCCAGUUGCCAUUCUGGGAUAUGUCGUUUAUGGCGACAAGCUGAUGCCGGAUGUCCUGCAGUCCAUUUCUCCUUCAGUCAUCAAGAAUAUCAUACAGAUGCUGUUGGCUCUUCACAUGAUUUUCGCUUUUCUUCUUGUCAUCAACCCUGCUUCCCAAGAAUUCGAAGAAUUUUUUAAACAACUUCUGGAUUUUGGGUGGAAGAGAGUCGCUAUACGUUCGACCAUGAUGCUUUUCAUCCUAUUUGUGGCGCUGUCUGUACCGAAGUUCGGUAAAGUUCUGAAUUUCGUUGGAGGUUCUGCAAUCACUCUAACCGCUUCGGUUUUCCCUUGCAUCUUUUACUACCGACUCUGUUCCCAAAAGGACCCUAACUGGCCUGAAAGGUAUAUACCACUACACGAGAAAAUUUAUUUAAUUGUUAUUAUAGUAUGUGGAAUAGUAGGUGGAAGCAUAUCGUCCUACGCGGCAUUCAUCGAAAUCGUCGCACCGCACUCAUUUAAUCCGCCAUGUUAUGUUAAUUUGACAGCAGCAAGUAUUCCUUAA